AUGGGGAGACUCUUUGUUUUUUCCCUUGAAUGCGUUGCGUUCUUGCUGCUAUUAUACCCAGUUUUUUCUCUUGCAAGACCACUUCCUCAACGCGACCCAGUUUACUUGAACUUUGUGUUGAAUGCGACGGAUCUUCCAUCAGAAGACUACUACGACUACAUCAUUGUUGGAGGAGGAACCGCAGGUUGUCCAUUAGCCGCAACUUUGUCGCAGUCGUAUCGGGUUCUUGUCCUGGAAAGAGGUGGAGUUCCCUACGGAAACCAACAGUUGAUGACUCAAGAAGGGUUCUUGACUACGCUCACCCAGGUCGACACCUAUGAUUCACCUGCUCAAGCCUUUACUUCCGAGGACGGCGUCCCAAACGCCCGCGGCCGCAUUCUUGGUGGCAGCAGUGCCAUCAAUGCCGGUUUCUAUAGCCGAGCUGACCAAGAGUUUUAUAAGCACUCAGGUGUGAAUUGGGAUCUUAGUUUGGUUAACCAGUCCUACGAGUGGGUUGAGAGGGGGGUUGUUUUUAGGCCAGAGUUAAAGAACUGGCAAUCAGCUGUUAGGGAUGGGUUGGUAGAGGCAGGAGUUGAUCCUUACAAUGGCUUCAGUUUGGACCAUUUGGUUGGGACCAAGAUCGGUGGCUCCACCUUUGAUAGCUCCGGGAAGAGGCAUAGCGCUGCUGAUCUUCUGAAUUAUGCAAGAGUCGGGAGCAUUAAAGUAGCAAUCUAUGCAAGUGUUGAAAGGGUACUGUUAGCAUCAUUAUCUUCUUCAAAUGCCACCACUAGGCUGAGGCAGUCAGCCAUAGGGGUAGUGUUUCGAGACCAAAUGGGAAGGUAUCACCACGCAAUGGUGAAGGAAAAAGGUGAGGUCCUGCUGUGUGCUGGAGCUCUUGGAAGUCCGCAAUUGUUGCUGUUAAGUGGGAUUGGUCCCAGGUCAUACCUGUCUAGCUGGGGAAUCCCGGUUGCAUACCACCAUCCAUAUGUAGGCCAAUUCCUCUAUGAUAAUCCCAGGAAUGGCAUCUCAAUUGUGCCACCGGUCCCAUUGGAGCACUCGCUGAUACAAGUUGUGGGGAUAACUGAAGCUGGGGCUUAUGUCGAGGCAGCUUCAAAUGUCAUCCCUUUUACAUCCCCUGCACGGUCAGUGUUCAUUCGGACACCUUCUUCCCCUCUGUUUUUAACUGUGGCUACCAUCAUGGAGAAGAUUGUUGGCCCUCUUUCAUCUGGCUCAUUAAGGUUGGCCUCAACAGAUGUCCGGCUCAAUCCCAUCGUGCGGUUCAAUUACUUCACCAAUCCCAUAGAUGUGGAGAGAUGUGUGAAUGGCACACGCAGGAUUGGUGAUUUGUUGAGGAGUCGAUCUAUGGAUUAUUUCAAGUUCCGCGAAUGGUUUGGGACUAGAAAUUUCAGAUUUGUUGGCCCUGCAUUGCCUGUUGAUCAAUCGAACAACGAACAGAUGGCUGACUUCUGCCGGCGUACUGUCAGCACCAUAUGGCAUUACCAUGGCGGCUGUGUUGUUGGGAAAGUGGUCGAUAACAAUUACCAUGUUAUUGGAAUUGAUGCACUCAGAGUAGUUGAUGGAUCAACGUUUAGUGUCUCACCAGGAACCAACCCUCAGGCCACUCUGAUGAUGCUUGGCAGAUAUCUUGGCCUGAAGAUAAUCAAAGAGCGAACACGACUCAAAUGAUACCUUUUGGUGAUGAAAAGGCUCUACCAUGCUGCUGCCCUGCUAUGUCUUUCUGUUUGUAUUGGUUCUUCUGCAAUUUUUUCUCUCUAUAAAUAGAUUACAUGUCUGGCUCAACAUGAGUACUUUUUUUCUGUUGAUUGGUUUAUUCAGUAAGAAUAACAUGUCUGGUAAAGGCAAAAAGAAUGGUGCAGAAGAAUGAGAAGUGGUCUGUUUUGAGAGAAUGAA